GGUGUUCCUGACAGGGUUUUCUACGCCGUUUUUUUUGGCGACUUUUUGGUCUUCCGCUUCUUGCUACCGCCCCGAGCCUCCCGCACGCUUGCUAGCCCUGUCUUUUCUUGUGUGGCUCCUCCCCGGCCGCCGAGCCCGGGGUUUAGACUGCAGUCGGGAUCCGGAGCCAGGCCUAGCCCUUCCGCAGGCCACUACCUGCUUUGGCUGGGGCGAGAGCUACAGCCGUGCGCGCCGGACCCUCGCUGCUCGGGCCUUGGAGCUCCUGGGCGGGCAGUGCCGGUAGGCCCUGCUUAGCCCUUCCCCAAGGCCACCUGUGAGUUAGGGGGUUUCGGAAAAGGACGCAACCGUGUAGGCCCAGGUCGGGGGCGGGGCUCGGGGAACUUUUCCUGAAACCGCACUGUUAUGUUUGCGUGGAAAGUUCCGGCAAGAUUUCUUAGAUGUCCCAGACUUAUGGGCGGCCCCCAGGCUGCAGCACUUUCUGAAGAAUCUUAGGACCGCUUACUUUUUCCACUCGUUUCCCUUCUUCGCGCCCCGUUCUCAGUCUAGGACCAUAAGAGGAAGACUGUCUUGGGACCCCUGCAUGGUGUUUCAAACGGUGGUGAAAAACUAAGGUAGAAGAAUACAUGUUCACUUUUAGUGAACAAGAGCAUGUUCCCAAACUCAAUUUUGGGUCGCCCGCCUUUCACCCCAAACCAUCAACAACAUAAUAACUUCUUCGCCCUGUCACCAACUCUUUAUUCACACCAGCAGCUUAUAGAUGCACAGUUCAACUUUCAGAAUACAGACUUGUCAAGAGCUGUGUCUUUACAGCAGUUGACAUAUGGAAAUGUCAGUCCAAUACAGACCUCAACAUCUCCGUUAUUUCGGGGAAGGAAGAGAUUAAGCGAUGAAAAAAACCUUCCUCUUGACGGUAAACGGCAACGUUUCCAUUCACCCCACCAAGAGCCAACUAUAGUUAACCACAUAGUGCCUUUAUCAGGUGAAAGAAGAUACUCAAUGCCGCCAUUGUUUCAUACACACUAUGUACCAGAUAUAGUCAGAUGUGUUCCACCUUUUCGAGAAAUACCAUUUUUAGAACCUAGAGAAAUCACACUGCCUGAGGCCAAAGAUAAGUUGAGUCAGCAGAUACUGGAGUUAUUUGAAGCAUGUCAGCAGCAAGUAAGUGAUUUAAAGAAGAAAGAACUGUGUCGAACACAGCUGCAGAGAGAAAUUCAGCUGUUAUUUCCACAAAGCAGACUUUUUUUGGUUGGGUCCUCUUUAAAUGGAUUUGGUACCCGGAGCAGUGAUGGUGAUUUAUGCCUAGUUGUUAAAGAAGAACCAUGUUUUUUUCAGGUAAAUCAGAAGACUGAAGCACGGCAUAUACUCACCUUAGUCCAUAAACACUUCUGUACUAGACUUUCUGGCUACAUUGAGAGACCUCAGCUGAUUCGAGCAAAAGUGCCAAUUGUGAAGUUCAGGGAUAAAGUCAGUUGUGUGGAAUUCGACUUGAAUGUAAACAAUAUUGUUGGAAUAAGAAACACAUUCCUUCUCAGAACUUAUGCAUACCUUGAAAAUCGAGUUCGUCCAUUAGUACUGGUGAUUAAGAAGUGGGCGAGUCACCAUGAGAUAAAUGAUGCCAGUCGUGGUACUUUAAGCAGCUAUAGUCUUGUAUUGAUGGUUUUGCACUAUUUACAAACCCUACCUGAACCCAUCCUUCCAUCCAUCCAAAAAAUUUACCCAGAAUCUUUUAGUCCUGCUGUACAGCUGCAUCUUGUACAUCAAGCUCCAUGUAAUGUUCCUCCUUACCUCUCGAAGAAUGAAUCAAAUCUUGGGGACCUCUUACUGGGCUUUCUUAAAUAUUAUGCUACAGAAUUUGACUGGAACAGUCAAAUGAUUUCAGUUCGUGAAGCCAAAGCCAUUCCCAGGCCUGAUGGUAUUGAAUGGAGAAAUAAAUACAUCUGUGUAGAAGAACCUUUUGAUGGAACAAAUACAGCCAGAGCUGUGCAUGAAAAGCAGAAAUUUGACAUGAUCAAGGAUCAAUUUUUAAAGUCGUGGCACAGAUUGAAAAACAAAAGAGAUUUGAACAGUAUACUACCUUUAAGAGCUGCUAUCCUGAAAAGAUAACUGGCCUGUAUUUCUUAAUAAAAUCUUCUGAGAAAUAAAGAACAAUAGUAACAUCAUAAUGCAUUUUGUUUACCUCCAUGGUUUCUUUUUAAUUGUUCUUGUUUUCAUGUUUUAUUUUUAAGAGGACAUACUUAUAUAAAGAUUGCAUAUUUUAUUAUGACAUUUCCUAAGAAAACCCUUUGAUUUAAAGAUGUAUUUUUGAAAAUGUUUACAUUGAUUAGGAAUAUUAUGGCAUGAAUUUUCAGAUCAGAUAAAAUAUUUUUGGGGGAAUUAUCUGAACAAAUAAAAGGUUUUUGAUAUAACUUCAAUUAAGUAUGCCACAUGCUAAUACUGAAGAUAUGUGUGGAAUUUUGGAAAGGGAUUGAUUCGUACAUACUUAACGUAUAAUGUACAGUAGAUAGUUUGUUGCCUGUCUAUUCUAGUAAAGUGAAGAUUCAAGCCAGUUAUUCAGUUACUUGAAGCAAAAUGAAAUCUGUUAUUUCACUGAAAUCACUGCAGAAGCAUGAAAUACUGGACAAUUGCCUUAAGUCUUCACUUGACUCACCAGGAUAGACUGAGGCUUUGGGUGUGUCUAUAUUAGCAUUUCAUUAGUACCUCACAUGCUUUUGAUGUACUCUUGAGAUUGCUUUAAGUUUUUUGUUGAAAACAGUACAUUUUGCACUGUAGUAAUAUGAGCACUAACUCUGUAUUGUUCAGCAGUUAGUAAAUUGUUUUAAAGAAUUAGUUCAUUGUAGACAUUUUGAAAAGAUUGUAAGUCCCCUGUGCUUUAUGAUAGUUUAGUGCAUUGUGCACUUUUACUUUAUUUCAUGUUUUCUUGCUUUUAUUUUCCCUGUGACAUGAAGCAUCAGAAACUGGGGAAAGAUCAAAGUUGAGAUUAUAUCCUAUUGAUGGUAUCAGAUUUCUUCUGUAUACGGUUAUAGGAUUGUAAUCUAAACUGGAAUUUUUAGGCAGUAAGCCACUAUAAAAUGUUUUAGGUAAGACAUAAAAUUAUUAUAAAUAAAAACUUAAUGUUUGUAAAGACAACUUUUUUAGUAUUUUUUUUUUCCAUACGAAGAAGUAGUGGUAGCUGCUAAAAAAAGGCUACAGUGUUUUAUUAAGGUUGUUUUUGGUUUAUGUAAAUAUUUGUAAAUUGGUCAGUGCCUGUACAUUUAAAUAUGAAAAGUAAUCUUGAAAACAAUUUUAACUUUUUCAGAAGGACUGUGUACAACUUCUUUUAGACCUGCUGUAGCACAGUUUGUACCUCUAAUGUAUUUGGGUUUUUUGCAGACCAAUUCAAAUGCUAAGACUUUUGCUUUUCUUUGACUUGUAAAGGUGCAUAUUUUCAUUUUCUUCUUUAAGUUUAAAUUUUUGUAUGAUGUCAAAUGGAAUAAAGUUUAUAUGUGGA